AUGGCUCUCGCAAACAAGAACGUAGAAAAGCUUGAUCGUCCUGACGAAUACCAGAAGAUAUUCCACUGGGCAGAGACGCAGAAAGAUGGCGCUGUACCAUCCUUUGCGACCCGCAAGAACGAUCCUUACGAGUAUCAAGCCGGGUUCAACAACCAUUUCGAAUCAGAGGCUGUGCCUGGUACUAUUCCUCGCGGGCAGAACAGCCCAAGAUGCGUGCGAUUCGGUCUGUAUGCAGAACAAAUGACUGCCUCAGCAUUUGUUGCACCAAGACAUCUGAACAAAAAUGCUUGGCUAUACAGAUCGCGGCCAGCAGUCGCACACCAGGGGUUUACAAACUUGCCUGACAACACAAACACUGAAGCCAACUUCCUUCCAAUCAACCCGCGAGUCCAUAUCUCGCCAACUCAACUUGCCUGGCUGCCCUUUGAUGUUCCUGAGACGAAGCACGACUUUGUGGAUGGCCUCUGCUCUAUCGCUGGAUCAGGCGACCCAACCCUCAGAGAGGGUCUGGCAACACACGUCUUCACGGCCAAUGUCUCUAUGGAGAACAAAGCAUUUGUCAACUCUGAUGGCGAUUUUUUGAUUGUGGCUCAGCAGGGCGCACUGGACAUUCAGACCGAGUUCGGAAAAUUGUACGUCCAACCAGGAGAGAUCUGCGUCAUCCAACGAGGUCAACGAUUCAAGGUUGGCGUCGAAGGCCCUACUAGAGGCUACAUCCUCGAAAUUUGGGGUGCAAACUUUGAGCUGCCAGAACUUGGUGCAAUUGGAGCCAAUGGUUUGGCCAACGCUAGAGACUUCCUCACCCCGGUUGCGUACUACACGGUCACCAAAGACGACCCGUGGAAGAUUGUGUACAAACUGGGUGGCAAGUAUUUCGAAAGCAAACAAAAUCACUGCCCCUUCGAUGUGGUCGCCUGGCACGGAAACUAUGUGCCUUACAAAUACGACUUGACCAAGUUCGUCAACAUUGGAAGCAUCAGCGUCGAUCACAUCGACCCGUCCAUCUUCUGCGUUUUGACGGCUCGCUCGCGCGACCCAGCAGCCCCUCUAGCCGACUUCCUCAUCUUUUCUCCUCGCUGGGAUGUCGCCUCAAACACGUACCGCCCACCAUACUACCAUCGCAACGUCGCCUCGGAGUUAAUGGGACUUAUCUACGGCGAGUACGCCGGCCGUAGCGAUGAGUUCCAACCGGGAGGUGUCAGUUUUGAAUGCGGUAUGGUGCCUCAUGGUGUGGCGUAUCAAGAGUUCAAGGCCGCUUCCGCACAGCCUCCUCCAGAGAUGCGUAUCUCUGAAGGUGCGGUAGCUUUCAUGUUUGAGAGCUCUAGACCCUUUACCGUGACUGAUUGGGCCAUGAAGAGCGACAAGCUUCACGAGCACGAUCCCAAAAUGUGGGAUGAUUUGGUUGACAACUUCUCAACACACAAAGACGAGGUUGACGAGAUCUUGAAGAAAGCGGGGAAGCUCAGCUUGUCGUAG